AUGCCGUCAACGCCACCAACAACCCCAAUCACGACGUCGUAUUGGUGUUACAGCUGCACACGAUUCGUCAGCGUCUGGGCUGACACUACACACGGCGUCGCUUGUCCACUCUGCGACGGCGGUUUCAUCGAAGAAGCUAACUCCUCCUCCGACACCGUAGAAUCAGCAACCCCAGCUGCGUCCACCGAAGCUAGAUCGGCCAACACCAUCCGUAGAUCCGUGAUUAGACGGCGGAGAUCUAACCGUCGUCCCUCUUUCAACCCUGUUAUCGUCCUCCAAGGAGGCGCUAACGAGGGAGAAGAAGAAAGCGCUGCGAUUCUCGUCGCGGCGCUUUCGAGUUUUACUACGAUGAUGGAUCCGGAUCGGUUAAGCCAGAUCGAAAUAGCGGGUUUCGGAAUCGGGAGAUCCGGGAACCCGCCAGCUUCGAAAUCAGCGAUUGAGUCUUUGCCGAGAGUGGAAAUCUCGGAUUGUCAUGUAGCCGCGGAGGCGAACUGCGCGGUGUGUACUGAGGUUUUCGAGGAGGAGACUGAGGCGCGGGAGAUGCCGUGUAAGCAUAUUUUUCACGAGGACUGUAUUGUGCCGUGGCUUUCGAUUAGGAACUCGUGUCCUGUAUGCAGAUUCGAGAUACCUUCGGAGUCAAGCAGGAGGAGAAGUAAUGAGGAUGAGGAGGAUAAUGCCGUGGGGAUGACGAUAUGGAGACUCCCUGGAGGAGGUUUUGCGGUGGGGAGGUUUAACGCCGCGAUGAGAGAUGGGGAGAGAGUGUUGCCUGUGGUGUUGACUGAGAUGGAUGGUGGUGGGCUUGGUGGUAACGGAGAGGGUCCUAGACGGAUCUCCUGGGUUAGAGGUAACGGAGCAGUUGAAUCUGGUAGUGGUAAUAACGGUGGUGGGUCCGAGUCGGGUGGGAGGUUGAGAAGGAUGGUUCGUGGAGUUGUGUCUUUGAUGAGGAGAGUGAGACCAAACCGUGGGUCUAAUUCUAAUUCAGACACUGAAGUAGAAUCUAGAGUUAUGGAUCGGUCGAAUUCAGUGUUGAGGAGAUACUUUGGGAGAAACAGAAGUAACAGAGAUUCUUCAGUUCUGCACUGAGUUUGUUUGUUCAUCAUUCAAGAGUGUAUAUAAUAAGUAUUCAGAAGAAAGAAUUGAACUGUGUUAUUUUUUUUAAAUUCGAUUGAUUCUUAGUAUGUUACAUUACAUCAAAAAUGUGUUAAUGAUCAUUCAAGUUUUCAUAUUUUUGUUUAGCUUUAGCUUUUGUCUUCCUCGAAAGUUCUCCCGAGAUUUUGGCUGUUUUGAUUUCCGAGAAAGUAAAAAGAAUGCUUGUCGUUUAAGCUUUAUUUUUCCUCGGAUGCUGAGAGAUUUUAAGAGUGGGCCAAGGUGAGAAAUGAGAAUUGAUGGUUAAGUCGCCAAAUUUGAAUUCAAAUUCAAGUCAGCUUUUCAUUCAUACCUCGACCGUGCCGUUCUAUAUCGGUCCGAACGGUUGACCAGGUCAAAACUGUUUAGAUCAAAACUUAACUAGGACAAGUCACUAAAUGUGUGUGUGUGAAAGAGACAUCAUUUAUGUAAUCAUCAGAUACAGUCAGGAAUCCACAAAAAAAAAAAAGAACAUGUUCGGUCCUACAACCAAUGACCAACCGUCGCUUCUCAAUCUUCUUCUAAUCAAACACCAAGUCACCAAACAUCUUGCAGCUGAUAACGAAUUGUAAGCGUGGAGUAUACGGUACUGGUGAAUUGACAAGGACCAGGAUCUCAGUAACAAGCUUUAUCAGGUCAAGUAAAGAGCUUGUGUCUAAAGAUAACCCUCCAAAAUACAGAGACCUAACCGUAGAAUAAUACACAGAAGAAUAAUUUCAGCAUUUUAGAUCUUUCUACUUUAGCCAUAUGUAACAGACUACGCAUCAGUGAAUGUAUUGCAACUGAUUUGAUCCAAAGAAUCAAAAUUUU